AUGCAAACCUCAGGAGGCAAGCCGUGCCACAACUGCCGUCGCCGACGUCUUCGCUGCGACCGCUCAUGGCCAACCUGCCACAAAUGCGCGGUCUCGGGUCAGGAGUGUCUGGGCUACGGCAAGGUCUUUGUCUUUACCCAAGCGAUUGACGAGAACGGGAACCUGAAGCCCUCGUCAUCCGGCAGGAGACUCACCGCCUCCACUGCCAACACAUCAGCCAGCACAUCCAAUAGCCCCUCUAAUUCAUCUUCCACUCCUUCGACGCCCAAUCCGGCCAAGCCGGGUGCUUAUCAGCAACCGGGCGCGGGGACGGCUUCGGUCCCCUCCGUCGCCGGCCACUCCUCCCAGCGCCAUCAACACAGCCAUGUGUCGAAGCGUGGCCAGACGGCAAAGACGCUGGCAUUUCGACCCUCCAACUCGGGACAGGAAACAUCGUCUUUGAAGCUCCCUAUCAACAAGCCGACCUCUGUUGGUGCUCUCACUGAUCCCCUGUUUCAAGACUUGGAUCGCAAGUCGCGCUACUAUCUCUCAUACUUUGCGGAUCGUGUUUGCCAGGAUCUUGUCGCCCGUGACGAACCCGGAAGCAACCCCUUUCGAGAGCUCCUCCCUCUAACCAAAAAGCACCCGCUACUACUGCAGAUCCUUGUUGCGACAUCGGCUCUCCACUGGUGCAACAUAUUUCGCCCCAUCACCGACAUACCUUCAGGGCUAACAGACCCGGGUGGCUUCCUCUUCCAGCUCCGCUCCAAUGACCUCGUCUCACGCCAGGCUCUCAUAGAUGCCCUCACAGCUAAGCAGAAAGCCAUGGGCCACCUCAACGAGGUCCUCGACACCCUAGACCCUGCAGGCAGUGAGGUGGCCUUGGCAGCGAUGCACUUCUUUAUCAAGUUUGACCUUCUCGACACUGAGCAGCACCAGACAAGUGGAUGGAAAGCACAUCUCAAGGGGGCAGCGAGCCUCUUGGCUCUUCUUACUUCAGAUACCACAACACCAGCGUCGAGCAGGAUGCUCCGCGACAUGGUCAUAGCCGACUGUUUCAUAUAUCACAUUCUUGGCUCGAUCUUGUCAUCGGACGGGCUGGCUUCCCGCAUGGCCCGUUACGCCUUUGAGCUUCUCCCCGUCCUGAAACGUGUCGAGGUCAACAGUUAUCUAUCGUGCCCACCCGAGAUACUGCAAAUUAUCCUGCUGGCCUCGCAGCUCUCCCAGGAGACAUCGAGCCACACGGACUGGUCUUUACCCACCGUCGAGGAGGCCCUCAGCCUGAUCGACCAGGCCCUAGAGUUUGACAUCAACGCCUGGGCGUCCAACCUGCAAAACUCCGUGCCAAACGUGGCCGACAUCGAGAGCCGCAUGCACGUCGCCUCGGCCCACCGCUCGGCCGCCUGUCUGUACAUCUUGCAAGCCCUCCCAACAGUACGCUCCGUGCACCCUGUCGACGUCGAGUUCCUGGUCGACGACAUCCUGGCCCACGUGGGCUCGAUCUCGGAGUCAGACCCUUACUUCAAGGCCACCUCCUGGCCCACCUUUAUCGCCGGUGCGGAGUGUCGUGACGUCGAGAAGCGCACCUGGACCCUCAAGCAACUAGUGUCCAUCUGGUCGACCCAUCGGUGGGGAUACAUCUUCACGGCCAUCGAGAUGCUCAAAGCCACGUGGCAGAUGCAGGACUCUGCACGCGGCCGGGGAGACAAUGGGGUUAAUUGGCUACGAGAUCUAAGAGGGCUGGGGUUCGAUCAUUUGAUUGUAUGA